AACAGACGAUUUUCAGAACCCUAAUUCAUUUAUUUAAAGAGUGAAGUGUGAUAUUAACGCGAAAUUUGCAGAAUAAAAAAAUAUUAAUUGAAAUAACAAUUGAAAAUAUCAACAGCGAUGGUAUAUCUUGAAACAAUGUUUACAAACUUAUAAACAUACCGGAAAAAGAACAGACCCCACCCAGAACUUCGCAUAGCAAAGCAAAUCAAAUCUUGGUGUUCAUGACUUUGUCUACAGGAUAAUUUCUGCACUUGUCCAUGAAACAACAGAAUCGUCUAGAAAAGGGCGCGAUAAAACACGACAUACAAACACCGGCUAAAAUUAAGAAAGAAAGUGACAAGAAUUUGUUUUUCCCUGGGGUACUUCACUUUACUGUCCUCUUGAUGUGAAGAGGAAACACGAGUUAUUAUUGAAUUUGAAAUUCAAACAUGAAGAUUUGUUUCAAAGAAUUUUGAAACUAAACGGCCACUUUGAAAAACUUACGUUUUGCUGUCUUUAGCCAAAUAAAAUUAAAAUAAUCCUAGAAUCAAAUGAGUAGACAACGUUCUAAGAAUCAAUUAUAAGAGUAAUAUAUACUACUUCACUACUUCCAUUACACAUACCGAUAUAUUUAAGACGCUCAAAGCGGUAUCUACUGCAAGAACAAAAACUGUGUAACACUAUAAAAAAUAUAAAAAAUUAAAUAAUAUAAAAAAUCGCACGGAAAAGAAAAUAAACUAUCAUGGAUACAUUAAUUAUAAGAGGGCUAUCUCGGGCAAUUUUAUAAACACACCCAUGAAGAUACGCCAACAAAUGAGAAAAGAGAAUCACAGUAUUUUUAAUAUUCAGAUAAUUAAAAAAGCAUUCACAAAGUUUUAAAAACUAUAAAAGGCCACUAGAAGUUAUUAUGUUUACUAACAUGAAAGUCCUUACAACAAACUCACAACAAAAUGCAACAACAUCAGUAUCAUCGCCCACCAGAAAUCAGCAGCCGCUUUCGCAAACUGGAAGUUCUGCCUCGGGCGGCGGUGGUGGUGGAGGCAGCGGCGUAAUUUCAGCAAAAGAUUUUAAUGGCAAUCAAGGAAUGGGAGGAGGAGGUACAAACCAAAAAUCAAGUAAAAGAGAUCAACACCAAAAGCAUAAUGGUGGAUCGAAUAAGGCGAAAUAUAAUCACAGCAAUGGCGGGGGUGGUAAAAUGCAGCAAAUGUCAAUGCAACAACAAAAAUAUCAUCACAACUCCAAUAAUAAUAAAAAUAAGAAACAACAUUACAAUAACAACAAUAACAGCAACUCUUCAUCCUCUUUGAACCGCAAGAAGUUCUAUCAACAACAACAAAACGCCUUACCACAGUUGCAUUUUCAUAAUCAGCAACAACACCAUCACCACCAACAGCAACAGCAACAGUAUUUAUCCAAUCAACAACAAAAGCUGCAAUCAUCAGUAACAGCAGCAAGUAGUGGCACCAACAACACAAAUAACAAUAAUUGUCAGUUAUCAAGGAAUCAAAAUUUCAAUGCUAUGGAUCUAAUCCAACAGAAUACCUUGAACAAAAGCGGCAAUGCCAGUAACAACAACAUUCCCGCAAGCAGUGAUAGCAGUAGCGUAUCAUCAACAACAGCAUCCACUGAGACCUGCCAUUGCAGCGCAGCUCUACACGGCCAGGAAUGUGAUAGAAUAUCGAUUCAAUCGCAGUUAUCCGACAAUCAAAGGUGUAGCGAAUCGACGAUGUACGGCCGAUCAACGACGAAGCCAUGUCCGUCACAAAACACGGUUACGAUCUGCUCAACUACUUCGCAAUCAACGGAUGUGGGCUGUAAAUGUUGUACCACUUUCACAAAAUUUCCAACGCCGUCGAUAACUCCUGCAACAAUAACAACAACUGCUAUUGCCAACAUGAAAUCAUCCAACAAAAGUAAAAAGCUGCCCUCUUCGUCCACCAAUGAAAGUAGCAGCUCCAGCCGUCAGUAUUAUAGCGAUUUUGAUGGUACAAACUGUAAAUGCAAUUGUAGCUAUCACAAUUCGUCGAGCCUUCAAAAUGUCAACCUUACAACGACGUCCAAAAAGAAAUCGUCAUGGAAAAAUAAUAAUUAUAAUAAUACGAAUGGUGGCGGAAACUGUGACACAUUGUUCUCUGCAAUGUCACCAAAAUUAUCAAAAGAAAAGGAACAGUCGAUUGAAAAACUUGGUGCCAAACGAUGCGAAUGUGCCUGUAUUAAUUUGGCUUUGAAUACUGUUGUUGAAGUUGACAAUUUCAUGCAGUCGUCACAGCACAAACAACAGUCAUCCACCAACACCAUGAACGUUGCGACAUUUUCAAACAAUUGUUCGUCGCGAAUAAUCAGUUCAGCGUCUUCAUCGCCCGCUACCAUUACCGAUAUUUCAUGUACAUCAAGCAAUAUUGAAAAUUCCCUUGCAACGACGCCGAAUUCCAAACAGAAAUGUUCCAGUGCAUCCUCAACAAUAGAUGACAUUGAAACGGUUGAUAAAUUGACGGGCAGUGGUAGUGCCGGAUGUAUUGAUACAAAUCGGCCAACAAUAACGGAUUCAAUGAAAAGUUCUUCUAAUCGUAGUCCUGCCUCUGGACAUUCUUCUCCCAGUUCAUAUUCAUUGGAUUUUUUGCAUGCAGUUGGUGUGCAAAUGGCAACAGGGGGAAUGAAGGUAAUGGAUGCUACCGGCGGUGGCUCAGGAAGUUCUAUGAGGCCAAUAACGGGAGGUUUAACUGCACCAGCCAAUAAUCGACAGCAACGUUUUAUGUUUGGUGGAAAUAGUGGCAACAAUCACCAUCCAUACCAACACCACCAUCAUCAUCAACCCACACAGCUGACUAUUGCUUCGUUUCUGCAAAAGGAUAUGUUGGGAGAGCAUCUCCUAUCAAGUAGUAGUAGUAAUAAUAAUGCUGGUGUAGCUACAUCGGCGUUUUCGGGACAAAGUGGCAAUAUCGGUACCAACAACUACAACGAUCAACAGUCCACCAACAACCAGGCACAUUAUUUGCGUCCCAAUCAAAAUAACAGAUAUUAUGGCAAUUAUUAUCAUCAAACGUCGCCAUAUCAUCAUCAACAUUCGUCAGCUCAAGCAACAUUAUCCAACCAAUCGCAUUCAUGUUCUGGUUAUAACAGUGGCAACAUAGCAUCCGCUAUGGCCGACCUAGGUCGUUAUGCGGCAAGACCUGUUUAUGGCAGCGGCGGCGGCGGCGGUGGUGGUGGUUUUUUAAAUUAUAAUCACAACAACAUGGUUUCGAAUACGUCUAUGUCCUAUUCUAACCAAAAUAUUCAACGAAGCCAAGAGCAGACGUCGAUGAUGCGGUUAUGCCGAGAUAAUUGCUGUAAAGUUGGAGGAUGUGUUGACGCUAGCACUGGCUCAGCAGCUGUAUUGACAAAGAAAUCAUCUCUCGGUUCUUGUUCUUCGUCGGCUUCCUCAUGUUCCUCAUCGUCGUCGUCCUCGUCGUCAUCUUCUUCGUCCUCUUCAAGCACAUCAUGUGGAUCAAAUCGCAAAUCCCAACAGUCAUCCAACGCACAGAACGUUCCACAGAAGACACUAUCAAAUCAAAGUUUGGCCAUAGAGACAUUGACGUCAUCGAAAUUAAAUGGGCAGCAUGGGGGCAAUCAGCGACAUCGUGGCCACAAUCAUCAUGGUCAUGGAGGCCAACAGCAACACCACUCGCAUCAAAAUCACUAUGUCGGUCAUCAUCACCACCACCAUGCCAUGGGCGGCAAUACUCCUGCAACUCCCCAACACCAAAAUUACUACAAUCUGACCUAUGUCAGUACUGAUGGCAGCAAUGUUGGCAGUAUGAACAGUGCCAUGGGGGGUGCAAAUUCUAGAGGCUGUAGUCCUGCACCUGUAUUGCCACCAACGCCAUCCUCUUCGAAUCCAAGCCCGAAGUCUUUGGAAAAUUGUGCUGGUCCCGUAGCCAUGAUGGCUAAUCUGCAUUUGAACUCCACCAACCCAAUGAGUUAUGCUCGCUAUGCCUCAAACCAGGGUCCUCCAGGAAGUCAUCAGUUGCAUCACUAUCAGCAGCAACAACAGUAUCUGAAUAAGAAAAUGUUGCCACCUUUAACCUUAAAUGUACCCUCACCGUCCCCCUCUCCAACUCCUUCACAUAUGUUGGGACCUAUAUCUGUAGCUGGCACCCACCCACCAACGAUGGGCCCACAUAACAUUAUCUGCUGUUCACAGUUGGAUGAAGCUUCAACGGCGGCAGCUGCGGCUGCAGCCAAGACAACGGGAAUCAUUGCUGGCAAUGAUUAUGACUCGGAUGCCUCGUCGACACAUUCGUCGGCGGUAUCAUCGAAUACGGCACAGAAUAAGAAGUAUCAGUCUUAUAAAACACUUUCUAUGUCAUCCUCAUCAUCGGCAACAUCACUCUGCAAUGUCGGAGGACAGCAGCAGCAACAAGAAUGUAAAAGUCAGCCUGGCACACCGGUAGAUAUAACAACAACAUCUACAACUCCCCUUGGCAGUCCCAUAGAUUACAACGCGUAUGCGAUGAAUCCAGUCCAUGCUGCCUUUCCCAGUAUUGAAGCUUCAUCGACUGUUGGUGGGGCAUCACACAACCACCAACAGCCGCAACACCAUCACUAUUUAAACCCAUCACAGCUUGUAUCCAAGGCUGCGGCGGCAGCGGGAGCAACACAAUUGCCACAUGUUUAUCAUAACGGAGUUAUAUCCUUGUUAAAUUUACCCGCUCAUUCCCCUGUCAAUAAUUGUGAACGAGUUUGCAGUAACUACCUCGAGGAAGAUUAUCAUCAACAGCGGCAACAGCCGCAAUAUUUUUUAACCUCAUCCUCUAACCAAUCAUCUGCCGAACAGUUAAAUAUCGUGUCGGCGUUAUCGGCGGGAACAAGUCGGUCAAAUAGUAGCAGUGGAUAUUGGAGUCCUUCGCAUCAAUGCAAUUUUCUUUAUCAUCAGUUGCCAUCGACGUCGUCUGCUACGGGUUCGGCUAACAAUCUAUUGCUCCCCAAUACUCCUUCAUGUGGCUCGACUUCAUCGUCCUCCAUAUCGCCCAGCCUGGUCGAUCGCGAUGACUACAACAAGCAGCAACAUUUACAACAGGUACUACCACAGCAGCAGAUGUUGCAAAAGCCGUUGCCAACGAGCGGCAGUUCAUCACCUUCCACAUGUUCGUCUUGUUUAAACGACCAACUUGGCAUGGUUGAAGGCGGCUGCUCUUCCACAACAAGUUUAUCUUCGAACUCCUCGGUUGGUGGAAGAGGCACUGCCUUUGUUGCCUCUACUGAAAAGGGCUCUUCGCAGCUAUUGCCGCAGCAACAACAGCGUUUGACUGCCCAACCCAACCAACAAGCUUGCUCUCCCUCGUUGCCUAUAUCCAAUAAUUCCACGUUAUCCAUAUCGAGUGGUCAACAGCGAAAUAAUGGAAAUGGUCGCAAUGUUGGAAAUGGACGCAAUCAUCAAUAUUUACAAAAUCACGCAUAUAUGACUGCGACAGCAACGCCGGGCAAUAUCAGCAACAAUGGGCAGCAGACUAUGUUCUCUAAUAUCUUCCCGCACGCACAGCAAAUGCAAACAUUACCACCGCCACCUCCCACGCCCCAUAAUUUACUGUACAAUAAUCCACAGGCUUCCCAUCAUUUGCGGUCGUUGAGUAGUUCUUCGGUGCAUGACUUUUUCACGCACACCCCGCCUGACAGAUUUCUAGCUCGGGCCCAUUUAAUUGAGGCGAAAGAAGCUCCGGCCGCAUUGCUCAACAACUCCAAAUGGGAUAAACUAUCGCAGGAUAUAUGGAAUAAAUUUAUUUGCUGCCAACAAACCGAAGAGACGUUCAAACAGAAAAUGAGGCUUUGGCGCUACUUGUAUUUAUUUAUAAAGAAUGCAUAUCCCCGUUACGGUCUUUAUUUGGUCGGCUCAACAAUAUCGGGCUUUGGUUCAGAUAGCUCUGACGUUGACAUGUGCUUGGUAUCACGCAGUGCAUCUAAUAUUGAUCCUCGCAUGGAAGCUUUGUUUAAUCUAACCGUGUUAAGAGAUUGUCUAAGUAAAUCUGGUGAAUUUGAAUAUUUCAAUUUAAUUGAAGCUAAAGUUCCUAUAUUAAGAUUUCGUGAUCGUGUACAUCAAUUGGAGGUCGACUUAAACUUUAACAAUUGUGUUGGCAUUAAAAAUACCCAUUUACUGUACUGCUAUUCACAACUUGAUUGGCGUUUACGGCCGUUGGUCUUAGUUACAAAAUUAUGGGCUCAACAUCAUAAUAUUAAUAAUGCCAAGAAUAUGACAAUAUCUAGCUAUUCUUUAGUGUUGAUGGUUAUACAUUUUCUACAGUAUGCAGUUAAGCCAGCCGUCUUGCCUUGUUUGCACGAAUUGUACCCGGAAAAAUUUCCAUUGUUACGGUCCAAUGAUUUCGGCUACGUGGAUAUGAACGAAACAAUUGAACCUCAUGAAAGUAAAAACACUCAAACCCUGGGAGAAUUGUUUUUGAAACUCCUUGAAUACUAUAGUAGGUUUGACUAUUCUCAACAUGCCAUAUCUGUAAGAACCGGCGGAAUUCUGCCCAUAAGUACAUGUCGCACGGCUAAAUCUCUGAAGAAUGACAUUCAUCAGUGGAAAGAACUAUGCAUUGAAGAACCUUUUGAUUUGACAAACACAGCUCGUUCUGUUUACGAUUACGAAACAUUUGAACGAGUCAAGUCUGUAUUCGUAUCAUCAUGGCAUGUUUUGCGAGACUCUUUGGAUUUGACUUCGGUAUUUGUGCCUAUAAUAGACACUUCUUCAACUUCUCUGACAUCUUCAACGCUUGGCAAUGAUAAUUCCUUGGAGGUCGAUUCAGCUAAUGUGACAACCAAUGACAUCCAUGACGACCAUACAGCAGCAGUCCCAUCGUGGUCGGAAGACAAAUAUUCAAUGGAGCCUUCAGAGAAUAACUGCCCGUCAACUUUGAAACAUAUGGUAAAAUAUAAAGAUUCAAACCAAAAAGAUGUUUUAUAUGAAUCCAAAGAUGUAUCCAAAGACAAUUCGAAUACCUCAUCUCCAACGUUUAAAUCGCGUUCUGGACACUCAACAGCUUCUCUGCCGUUUAGUGCCAAGCACAACAAUAACGUUGCCUUAAUAUCAUGAGUGGCGCUCUUGUUCUUUAUUGUAACAUAACAAUGUGUCGGAGAUCGGUGCCGUUUUCGUCCCUCCACAAACACCACAUUCAUGUCAAUUGUUGCAGAUCAACCCUUUCAUUAUAAUGGAAUUAAUAAAAAAUGAAAUGAAAGAACUACAAGAAAAUGUUAAAUUAAACAGAGCCGCAAACACACAAUAGUAGUUAAUUUGUUCAUUAAAUUAAAAGAAAAAAACCAAAAAAAAAAUUAAAAAUAUAUAUAAAAAUCCUGCCAUAAACCAAAAAAAAAAAGUCCAUAUAACAUAUUUCGAAUGUGAAAAAGUAUUUAUUUUGAGUAUACUCUAUACAUUGUAGAAUAAUUUAAAAAAAAUGUUAUUAUUUUUAUAAAAUAGUCUUGAAAUCUUUGUAAAUUCAUCUUCAAACAAAAAAAAAACACCAUUUGUGGAGAACAAAAAACGAUAUUAAAAAAAUAUUUGAAGGUGAAUAUCAAAAAACAAAAAAAAAAAAAAAAAUUGUAAAUUCCAUGGAAACUAGAUAUCCCUUUUUUUGUAAGUUCUAAUUAAAAAAAAAAUAUUGUAAUAUGUGUAAUGCUUGCUCAGCAAAAAAAAAACUUAUUUGUAGCACCGCCAUGUUGUUGUCAAUCUCUUCUGUUGUAGAAGAAGCAGCAUUACAUAUAUAUCCAUUUUAAGGCAGUAUAUAUUAAAUGUAUGUGUGCCUCCCUGCCUACCUUCUGUGAAGGUUCGAAUUAUUGUUAAAAAUUAGAAAGAAAACAAAAAAAAAAAAAUUGUAAAAAAGAUGUGCACCAUUCCAUUAUUGUGGCGGCAAGUAAUUUAUCAUCCCCGUUUUAAAAUUUCUUUUUGUUUCUGGCCAGAAAUUUCGUAAGUAAUUCUUACUCGGUUGCACAUCUUUUAUUUUAAAAUUUAAUAAGAUUAUAUUCACCCUGGUCCCGGAAAUGAUUAUUGUCAAAACUAAAUUACUCUAAUAUUUCCAUUUUUUUCCCCACCCCAAAAAAAUGUUAAACUGAUUUUGUAUUUUUUUUAAUGGCCCAAAAUUAUUUGUUUUCUUCCUUAUUUUCCACUUUCAACAUCAUCUCCAUUAUUAAUGUGUAACUUUUCUCCCUCAGUUUUAAAAACAUUUGUAAUAAAUUAAAUAAAAUGGAAAUGUAUGUAAA